AUGGCUCUGCUGAAGGUUCUGCUGCUGCUGCUGGGGCUGGGUGUUUCAGUGAACUCAGAUGUUUCUCUGCAGAAGAGAAUCAUUGGAGGUCAAAACUGUGAUGACACGGAGCGUCUUUAUCAUGUUCGGCUGGAGAGCAGCAGGGGUAAUGAAAGGAUCCGCUGUGGAGGAUCUCUAAUCCACCCUGAGUGGAUCCUGACUGUAACUCACUGCUGGAAGUCAGAGCCAGGAUGGACUAACAUAGCAAUACCAAAGGUUCAUCCACGGACUGUUAUACAAUACAAUAUCCGAUACAAUCCUGUGAUUUACGGCCAGUGGCAUGGCAUUAUGUUGCUGAAGCUUCAGACACCAGUAACAGAUGUCCCAGUUGCUCGGCUACCAGACUGCAGUUAUCGUCUUAAAGCAGGCGAUGCUGUUCAGCUGGCAGGAGAGGGAGCAACGACAACCGGUCCCAAUAAUCAGCGAUUGCCCCCCGAUGCUGCUAUUCCAGCACAUCUUCAAUGUGUCGACAUGAGAGUUGCUCAUGCUUCCCAAGUCCAUCCAACACAUGGGCAUUUAUUAUAUGCUGAAGCACCGAACAAGGACAUUUGCUCUGGCGACGCUGGUGCAGCAGCUGUGUACAAUGACCUGAUUUACGGUGUGAUUUCUUUUGCUGGAACAAAGGCAUGUCAGAGAUCAACUGUAAUAUUGGAUGUGUGUGGAUAUCUGCAGUGGAUAAAAGCAACAACUGGGAUUCAAUAA